GACUGUAUCUGUAAUCGCGAUAAGUGGCACGCGGAGGAAGUCGCGUCGCGCCGCGUCGCGCCCGCGAAUUGAUCAACGCUCGUUUCUCGCGCACAGAUUCCAUCCGAGUUUCAUCCUGGUCAUCUGCAUCUCCUUCCGACUCUUGCCGCGAGUUUUUCCUCGAUUCCUCACUCCGCUUCCACGAGUGCUCUCCAUUUUGGCUUUAAUACGAAGCUAUUUCCCCUUCGCGCGCGCGCGCCCGCGAUAGAAAUUUUCUCUCCUCUCCCAUCGUCGUGAUAAACAGAAUCGUGAAGUUCCACGUCCCAUCUACUGGAGCUCGGUGCAAAGCAUGUGAUGUUUUUAAUCACGAACUUUCAGUAUUACUGACAGCACCCUUGACAGGUUACAGAGCGGCUGCGAACGGGAAGCUGGCCAGAGUUCGCUUGCGCUUCUGUAGAGUCCGAUCAAACCGCGUUCGCGUAGAAUCGACGGCGAAGUUGCGAAUCGCGCCGAGGAAAGGAAACGCAUAUCUGAAUCAUCGGUGCGCGAGUUUCACCUGCUCCUCUGCCUUCACGACGACAGAAAUCUUUCUGGACAAUCUGUACGUGGCGCGACUCAUUUUUUCCUUACUUAGAGAAUUCAACGAACGAGUGAGCGAGCGAACGACACUCGGCCGAACGAGAUCGCCAGCGAGGUUGAGCGCCGGCGACGACGUCGACGACGACGACGGGCUUCUAUUUUGAGUGCUGGGAAGAGCGGGACUACAUCACGUCGAGCGCAGUCGUCUCUUCAGCUCGCCGUGUCGGAUAUGCUCGCGAGUGACCGGGACAAUGACAAGAUCGCCACGAUAACCGGCAAUGCUAACGUUCACGAACCGGCUGACUUCGACAAAGCCAUCUCCGCGAUCGGCUAUGGAUUGUUCAACGUGCUGCUGCUGCUCGCCGCGCUACCAAUCGCGUGGACCGCUACUUUCGACACCACUUCCGGUGCGUUCAUCUUGGCGUCGGCCGAGUGCGAGCUCGAGCUCACGUUCUUCCGGAAAGGCGUCCUCGUCGCGAUUCCUUACGUAGCUAUAACAACGACUGCAUUCAUAUGGGACUACAUAACGCCCUACGUCGGUAUGAGAACGCUUUUCAUUCUCGCAUUAUUAGGCGACUCGAUCCUCAACAUCUUGAGCAGCAGUGUACGAUCCUACUAUGUAUUCCUACUAGUAAAAUUCGUCAGCGGUAUUCUCGCGGGCGGCCCGUUGGCGAUGGUGAUGACGUACCUGACGGAAUUUCAUUCGGCGAGGUACAAGCCGCGCUUCGCCACGUGGACAGGAUUCCUCUUCGCCGUGGCGAACAUCGUGCCGGCAGCGUUGGGCUUUAUGAUACUGCCGUUGGAUUGGCACAUCGACAUCUUCGGGCGAGGCUACGACUCCUGGCGUAUAUACCUGCUGAUCUGCUCGAUACCUCCCGUCAUCGGCCUCGUGACGUCGGCCAUGUUACCGGACAGCCCUAAGUACCUCAUGUCGAUCGGCAGGUCGGACGCCGCCUUGAGGUUAUUCAGGCGGAUGUACCGCAUGAAUACUGGACAGCUCCCGGAAACGUUCCCGAUAAAAGCGCUGCUCGUGCCGCAAAGGACGAAAUUGACGCGUCCCGUGCUCGAGGCGAGUCUCGAGAGGAUGCGCGUCUCGUUGUACAACACGAAGCUACUAAUGUCGACGCCCUACCUGCCCGCCUUCUGCUUCGUAAGUUUCCUCCAAUUUGGAAGUAUGCUCGGAUUUCACACGAUGAGGCUGUGGGUGCCACACAUGUUCAUCAUCCUCAACAACUUCGACGCGGAUAACUGGACGCCGGACACGAGGCAGCCGACCAUGUGCGAGAUGCUGGACCGGCGCGCGGCUUUACCGGGUCGACGUUACCUGAACUGCUCGAACUUCGACGAAGCGUGCUUCGAGUGGACGAUCAAUCCCGUGAUUUAUCAAAAUUCCACUAUUAUCGCGACAUCGGCAGUCGUGUUCUCGUUCCUCGCUGGAUUUAUAAUGAACACCAAGCUUCGCAAGCAAAUCAUAAUGCUCACGGCCUUCCUGAUAUCGGUGGCAAGCAGUUUCGGAAUAAAUUGGGCGCAGUCUCCGCCGUACAUGCUGACGCUGGCGGCGGCGGUUAUCGUGACGACAAGAAUAGCGGGUAAUGUCGUUACCGCGGUGAAUGUCGACGUUAUUCCCGUCCCAUUAAGGGCAACCAGCAGCAGCGUCCUCGCGACGAUUGGGAAUAUCGCCGCUAUUGUGGGGAAUUUGAUUUUUUCCGCACUCUUGGGCAUCGAGUGCAUCGUCGCUUUUACCGGGCUCGGCUGUCUCUUCACCGUAUGCUUCUGUCUAUCGCUAUUCUUCCCGCAACCCGUGAAGGACUCGCCGAAGAAACUCGCACAAGCUAGCACGUCGAAAGUUUAAGAGGGAAGCGCUGGGAAUCGGAGUGUGCGCUUAGGAUUGUAAAAAUUUAAUUAAGCGAAUAGCUGCUCGAUAACGCUCUCGCGGUUGGGCUGUGAUACUUUUCUAAAGGAGCUUACGCCGUCAUAGGAAAACAUGUAACACGAGAUUCAGUGGUAAAUAAAAGUACACGCCUCUGCAUCCUCACGACGAGGAAGUGGACGUGAUAUAAUUUUUAUAGAA